AGUCUCAGUGUUUUGGUAAAGGCUGCGGAAGGAGCUGUCAGUUGCGUUCCUCCAAGAGGGGCUAUUUCUUCUGCUAAAGCGGCGCUAAUUUAAACGACAAAUGUAAUUUCCUUAACACACGGCCAAAAUGGGAUUCACACCGAGGCGCUUCCUGGGUGCCAAACCGCCCAAAGCGUCCCUUUUGCUGCCUUUCCUGCUACCGGUCCUACUCGUCGGCGGCCAAGGCGACGAGAACGCCGCUCUGAAUAAUGUCGUUACCGAGAGGAUGGCCGAGGAGAGCCACCGACAAGAUAGUGCCUAUCUGCUCAUAUUCAUAAUGCUACUAACGCUCACCAUUCUCACCAUAUGGCUCUUCAAGCACCGCCGCUUCAGGUUCCUACACGAAACGGGGCUUGCUAUGAUCUACGGUCUCUUGGUGGGUGUGAUCCUGCGCUUUGGCAUUCAUGUGCCCCAAAGCAUGAACGACGUGGUCCUCGAAUGUGCCGUCAACGCCAGCCCCGCCACUCUGCUGGUCAACGUCAGCGGAAGGUUCUAUGAAUACACGCUUAAGGGGGAAGUGAGCCGGGGGACAGACCAGCAAGUGCAGGACGAUGAGAUGCUGCGAAAGGUGACCUUUGACCCAGAGGUGUUUUUCAACAUUUUACUGCCUCCCAUAAUCUUCCAUGCAGGUUACAGUCUGAAAAGGAGGCAUUUUUUCAGAAACAUUGGCUCCAUCCUGGCCUAUGCUUUCAUGGGAACUGUCAUAUCCUGCUUUGUUAUUGGGCUCAUCAUGUAUGGGUUUGUGUCCUUCAUGAAAGUGGUGGGUCAGCUCGGGGGGGAUUUUUUCUUUACUGACUGCCUCUUUUUUGGGGCCAUCGUCUCGGCAACAGACCCAGUGACCGUUCUGGCAAUCUUUAACGAGCUGAAGGUAGACGUGGAUCUGUACGCUCUGCUGUUUGGGGAGAGCGUUCUCAACGAUGCUGUGGCCAUCGUCCUCUCGUCCUCCAUUGUGGCGUACCAGCCUGCGGGGGACAACAGCCACAGCUUCGAAGCCAUGGCUGUGCUGAAAUCCUUCGGCAUCUUCCUGGGUGUCUUCAGUGGAUCUUUUUCUCUUGGUGUGGCUACUGGAGUCAUGACUGCUCUUGUCACAAAGUUUACUAAGCUGAGGGACUUCCCUUUACUGGAAACUGGUUUAUUUUUCCUGAUGUCCUGGAGCACCUUUCUGUUGGCAGAGGCCUGCGGGAUGACAGGUGUUGUGGCGGUGCUGUUCUGUGGGAUCACACAGGCUCAUUACACCUACAACAAUCUCUCUCGUGAUUCUCAAGACCGGACUAAACAGUUGUUUGAGCUGCUGAACUUCCUGGCAGAAAACUUCAUCUUUUCCUACAUGGGUCUGACGCUCUUCUCCUUUCAGUCGCACGUUUUCAACCCGAUGUUCAUCAUCGGAGCCUUCUUGGCCGUAUUUCUGGGCAGGGCUGCAAACAUCUACCCCUUGUCCUUCCUGCUCAACCUGGGCCGUAGAAACAAGAUCGGAAUGAAUUUUCAACAUGUUAUGAUGUUUGCAGGUUUGCGUGGGGCGAUGACUUUCGCUCUGUCUAUCCGGGACACAGCCACUUACGCCCGCCAGAUGAUGUUUUCGACCACCCUGCUGAUUGUUUUCUUCACCGUGUGGAUCUGUGGAGGGGGCACUACGCCCAUGCUGUCUUUCAUGAGCAUACCAGUGGGAGUGGAUUCUGAUCAAGAGCACUCCAGUUCAGCUGUGUUGGACGGGUCACAGAGGAGAAGCACCAAGCAUGAGAGCGCCUGGCCCUUCAGGAUCUGGUACAACUUCGACCACAACUACCUGAAGCCCCUCCUGACUCACAGCGGGCCCCCUCUCACUGCUACUCUGCCGGCUUGCUGUGGCCCCCUGGCACGAUGCCUCACCAGUCCACAGGCCUAUGAGAACGAAGGGCCACUUCGCGACGAUGACUCCGACUUCAUCCUGAACGACGCCAACGUCAGCUCCAUGUACGCUGACGUCACCGUCAGCACCGACGCAUCCGGGUCCCGCACCAUCAACCCCAAGCACUCCGGCGCCGGGCCGUUCAGCGAUAGUCGGGAUGGUGAGCUGGACCCGGCGGAGCGUGACGUGGCGAUCCGCGGCACGCGGCUUGUCCUGCCGAUGGACGACCCCGUGGAGCCCCCGACAACCGUCACCCUCCCGCCUCCGCCCUCGCCCCCACUCUCCGAGCCUCACAGGCACAGACUGUAAGAUGGGGUUUGAUGUUUCUGUUGCAAAAGAAAAAAAACUAAAUCAAAAUGUAGUUCACAUGUAAGAUGAAUCAGUCUUUGAUCUCAUAUUUCGGUGUUGACUGGACCAGCGUUGUGUCUAAAAAGCAGUCGGAAAUCAAUUUAAUCAUUUCCGAUAUGAGCCGUGCUUGAUUCAGCUCAACAUGUUGGUAGAAUCUUGUGAUCUUGAUUAUUAAUGCACUACAUGUAGACAAAAGUCCUCAGUCUGCCCUCUACAGGAGGCUUCGAUGUGUGGCUGUCGUCUGAGGUGAUUCAUUUUUACUACUGUGGUCUCUUAAAGCUCCGACUUUCUCUGCGUGUUGGUCAACCACUAAAACUGGUGUAAAUGUUGGGUUUUCUGGGGUUAUGUUCCCUCUAAUGAUUUCGUCUGUAUUUAACCAAUUAUUUAUUUUAAAGUUCACAACCACUCAGAAGAUUUUUCACACUACAUUUGGGAAACUAAUCGUUUUUCCACUCGAUGUUAACUUUUUCUGUCAGUUUGUUGAAACUUCCUCAAACGAAGGUUGGGAUUCUCAGCAGAUAAAAAAAUGGGAAUAUCGUUUAAUGAGAGCGGUACGAAUACAGUAUUUGGUACUUGGUAAACCACGAAGUUUACAUUCACUCAUCAUCUGCAUUAUUGUCAUUUUAUUUUGAUCUUAAGAUGUAUUUGAACCUUUUUUUCCAGGGUGCAAUGAUUAUGCAACAAUUAACUUACGCUCCCUUUGUUGAUUAUCUUGGAUGCACUCUCACUAAUAUUUUGCGUAAUAAUGCAGAAAAACAUCUUGCUAUUUAAUUUUUAUUUUAUUUUAAUUUCUGACAUAUCUGACUGGAUAUUCGAUCCCCCUUUUUAUUAGAAGUGGUAGAAAUCAUUUAAAUUGGUUUGUUUCUCAGAAUGUAUUCAGUAUUGAAGCAUAGUCCAUGAGAUGCAGAGGAAAACCUUAAUGAUGGUCAACUUUAUCUCUUUCCAAACCAGUUUUGAUUUGUGCUUUGGAUCAUUUACCUGAGAAAAGUUUUAUAUUCAGACAAGACAAAUAUUAAAAUCACUGUACCAUCUAACAAGCGAGGGGUUGGCAGUAUGGUGUUAGUUUUUCAAACUUGUUGAAUUCACCUGCAUCACUGGAAGCCCAAAACGAAUGAUGCUCAUGAUGAGUUUAUGUGAACAUCUGAGUGAAGGUCAAAGGAGCAACACCAAGUAAAACUGAGACAGGUUUUAGCACGAUCCACCUGUUUGAAUCUUUUUAACUACUGAUUUAUUUAUUUAACAGAAAAAUUCUUGAUAUCUGUAAUUAUAAUUUUUCUAUUUAUUAUUUAUUGUGUAGAUUUUCAAUCAUAACUGCCAGGUAGUGAACGCCUCAUUUUAUUAAAAACAAAUAAAAGCGCACUACAUUUUUCCCACAUGGUACCUUUUGUAGUGAAGUCUUCUUGAAGGAGGAUGGAGACAUUUAUUUAUUCCAGGAGUUUGUAUCCUUCCCAUACUGUAGCAUAUGCUUCUACUUUUUACUUCCCAACCAGAUCUUCCCUUUGUGUUUGUUUGUUUUAAUAUGUGUGAUCAGAUUUUUUAUAGUUAUUAUUAGGGCUAAUGCUUGUUUCUGGAUUUACUGCUUCCAUCUGGUUGAAGUUUCUUAAAAAAAAUGCACAAAAAGAACAAAAAAAAAAAAAGUACCGACCAGGUUUUUGUGAUUUGUUGUCACCAUUGAUGAAAAGAGGCUGACUGAACUGUUUUGAACUUAAGUGCCUAUUCAGGAACUGUUUUUGUACAUAUUUUGUUUUGCUCAUGUGCAGUAAGAUGACCCUAUAUAAAUGUCACAUCUUCUGAUUGAUGCCAGACACUACAGUAUUCCCAGUAUAAUUUAACUACAGUUUUCCCAUCUGUCUGUGCUUUUACUGUUAAAUCUUUUGUCUGUGAAUCUGAAAGAUUGAAUACUUGCAUUUACAGGCAAUAACAUGGCUCUUAUAUGUGUAUUUUUUUAGAAAGCUUCCAUAUAAAGUGACAUGAAAAAAGUCAUUAAACUUUCACUGACAAUGGAUGAAAAAGGAACAAAAGGGAAGUUUUUUGUUUUUUUUUAACUUAUAAUGCUCUGCACUUUUAAAAAAAAAUGUUUAUUCUUCUCUGACAUCAGUCAAAAGUUUUUGUUGAACUAUCUAACUCCGUAAAAACAAUUUUUUCCUAUUUCUAUUGAAGUGAAUGUUGACUGUGAUGUCAUAAAAAGUGUCAUCUGUAAGGUUGAGGAUGUGUUUCUGGUUUCAUUAGGCGGUAAUUUUAAUGUGCUUUGAGUUUCUGCAUUUCUCCAUCUAUCUAUGUUCUCUCACAUUUAUCUACUUGGGAAUAUAUAUAUA